GACGAGACGAGACAUUGCGGCUGCCCUGGUCCCUGCCCGUCCUCCUUCUCUUCAUUCUCGGCGCGUUCGUCCCACGUCGAGCUACGAGAGCUUAUUACCCACCACGUCUUGCAUCCAUGCUCUCUUCGUCUUCCUGACUGCGUUGGUAUGGGCCAUGAGUAUGCCCCGGGUGCCUGACUGGUCAUGGCGUGACCCACAGCGUCUUCUGGUCCUGGCUGGUCCUGGCUGGCCCUGGUCCUCGUCCCGUUCUGCAUCUCGCUCUCCUCUGGCGUGCUCUCGUGUUACCGAGUACUCCUACUGCUACAUGACACCGUCCUGACCGUCUAGACCACAAGCUUUACCGUACCUGCCCAGCACCACUCACCCUGCAUACAUACAAUACCACCCCCCCUCCACAUAUUACUACUCCUGCACCCUUUCUGCCCCGUCCCGUCCCGUCUUGUUGGCCCUUAAAGACCAUGAUCGCCUCCCACCCUCAGGGUCUCACUUUGCUUGGCAUCUCGCUCUCGGCAGCUUUGACGUCUUCAUGAGACCUUGCCCGCUUCCCCUACCGACUUGAUAUUAGAUGCUAUCCACAUCCUCUUGCUUGUAUUGUUUCCAAUCAUCUGCUUCUGUUACCCGUGUCAAAGCUCACACUUCUGGGCACAUCGUCACCGUCUCACCUUCACUUCUCGUGAAGGUGAUCCACCCUCACUUUUGAUCUCGUUCGAAUACAAAACCGCAACCCGCGAUGCCUUCAGCAGUCAUGGGCCCCCGCGACGGGGCCCCCGCCGGAACACCAGGCCAGCAGCGCCAGUACAUGCACCAAGGCCAAGACCAGCAACACCAGCAGCCACUACCACCACACUUGGACGACGGCGGCUCAUCUAGUUCUCCGUCACGGAGCUCAUAUAGCCAGGACUUUGGCAAGCACCCCGACAUCUCACAGCCGAGGAAGACGUCAUUACUCUCCAGCCUGAACCCACGCAACUGGACCCGCAAAAUGAGACUCUUCGCGAUUAUCGCCUUCGUCCUGGCCGUCGUGGCCCUUGUCCCAGCCAUCGCGGUGCCGCUCACACUGCGACAAGCAGACCACAAUGGCAGUGUGGACACGCCUCAACUGGUCAACCCACCGCCCACCUCGUCUAUCGCCGACAACAUAGACCUGAGGAUCAUGCCGUUGGGCGCCUCCAUCACCUUUGGCCUCAAGUCGUCGGAUGGGAACGGCUACAGGGACAAGCUGCAGGAGCUGCUGAGCAGAAGUGGUACCUCCAACAUCGAGUUCGUUGGCUCCCGCCGCAGCGGCAGCAUGGCCAGCAACGCCGUCGAGGGCUGGCCGGGCCUGCGGAUAGACCAGGUCCUGCCCAAGGCCCGGGCCUCGGUGCCCGUGGACCUGCCGAACGUGAUCCUGCUGAACCUGGGGACCAACGACUGCGUGCAGAACUACAACCUCGACAACACGACCCAGACCAGCCCGACAGCCCCGGAGCUGACCGCCGACCCCACCUUCACCGUGGGCACGCGGAUGCGGAUGGUGGUCGAGGACCUGCUCGCGUGGAGCCCCAAUGUGACGGUUGUCAUGUCGACACUGAUUAACAACCGCGUCGAACGGGUACAGGACCGCACGCUGGACGCAAACGACCAGUUCCGCUCCGUGGCGGCGGACCUGCAGGCGCAGGGCAAGAAGGUCGUCAUCGCCGAGAUGAGCGCCUCCGCGGGCGGGCCCAACAUGACGACCAUGUUCGACCAAACCCAUCCCACAGACAUUGGCUAUGCCAUGAUGGCCAACCGCUUUUACGUAGCGAUGCAGGAGGCCAGCGCCAAGGGCAUGAUCUCGGCUCCCCUGCCCAAGUGAGCAAGUGUUGCAGGCCGGCCAGUGGGCCAGCAAGCAAACAAGCAAUCGAGAUGCUUGGCAAGGCAAGGCAAGGCAAGGC